AUGGCUACCCACAGCAACUGCUCUGGCAACUGCAGCUCAGGAUCACUCCGAAAUUCUUGCCAUAUCCCCGCCACCUCUUCCAUGGGCCCCUGCUCUACAAACAUGGGCUGUGCAGAGGUCUUCUUCAUACCCAGCAGCUGUCAAGAUCAUACCUGGUUCAUGGACAACUGCCCAGAGACCUUCGCAGAACUUACCAGUGGCCAGCCAAACAGCCGCGAAACCAGCAGCUAUGACACCUCUUCUUGCUCCUCUGCAUACUGUGGGCCCAGACACUGCCAAGGAUCUGGCUUCCUUCCUGCUUCUUCCUUCAUCUCCGGCGCCUGCCUCCCAGCAUCCUAUAGGCCUGUGUCUAGCAGCUGCCGGCCAGUGAGCUCUUUUGUCAACAACUGCCAGCCCAUAGGCUGUGGGUCUGGUGGAUAUCGUCCGUUCCCUUGUGUACCAAACAACGGCCGACCCCUGGGCGUUGUCACUUAUGGAUGCAGGCCUUCAGGUUGUGUGACCUACGGUCCGCAAACCAUCCACAUUGUGUCGAGCAGCCUCAGACCUCUGCAGCCUGUCUGCGGUGGUUGCCAGCCAGUGACUGGUGUGUUUGGCACUUGUCGUCCGUCUUGCUCUGCACAAGGAGGCCUGUAG